AUGCUUCAACGAUUCUACACCAUCGGUGCAUCAGACUCUCCAAAAUCUAAAGCACCAAGACAAGAAAGCCCUUCGUGGUCUCCGAAUACAUCAAUCGCGCAAGCAUUACCAGUACUAGUACCAAAGCUGGGCUACAAUCCAGAGACCUCACAACUCACAACACCUACAGGGCUAGGAACACGGCUCAGAGAGGCUUGGAAGAGCGCACUACCACGAAGAGAGUCAUCCGAUGCUGCGGACAAGAAAUCCCCGCAAAACCCGUGGCCUCAACAAUGGGUGUUCGUGAAAGAAAGCUUUACAUAUCGCGAGUGGAUGAACAUGCAGUCCCAGCAGCGGAACGAUGGUACUGUCCGCAGACAUAUUGUCGUCAAUGGAUACAUCCUCGUAAUUUUGUCCCGUUGA